GAACCCCAAGACAUGUCAUCAUUGCUGCUCCUUGCUCCUUUUUUUCUUUUUUUUUCUUUUUCUUUAGCAACAAGAAAAGAAUUAUAAAGAUGUACAGCCAUAGAAGAACACAAGAAGAAGUAGAACAAGUAGGCUUAUUUGCAUCACUCACCUCUAGUUUUAGUCCCAAUGGCAGUCUCACCUGCACCCGUCUCCGAAAACCCCAUUGAUUUUCGUGCCCCACCGCCUUCUCCCAUCGCCUCAGGCCGCCGAUCAUUAGUCACAAACGAUGAAGUCCUCACCGAAUACCUCGAGCACUCCCUCCAAGUCCCUGACCUCAUUUUGCCAGACAAGUUCUUCCCUAAACAAAAUUCACUUGAAAAUCCCCCCACUAUUGAUUUGUUAGCUUUGAAUCUGGAUGAGUUUGAUGCUAGUCUUUGCAAGGUUGUGGAGUCCAUAGCAAGAAACGGGUGUUUUCAGCUGGUGAACCAUGGAAUUUCAAGUGAGCUUGUGAGCUCUGUGCAGGCUGCAGCCACCGGAAUCUUCCAGGUACCGCCGGAGAAGAGGGCGGAGAUAACCCGGUUACCAGACAAGCCAUACGGGUUCGAGGAGGUUCAUGGUGAGGAGGCUGGCAGUGAACUGAGUGAAGAGUUCGUUUGGUGUAGAGACCAAGAUUUGAAGUUGACAAUGGAGAGAAUUGCACCAGUUGGAUAUUCAAAUUUCAGUGAGAAACUGGAGACCCUAAUGACAGAUAUUGAGAAGGUUUCUGGGAAAAUCCUACCAAGCUUAUUGAAAAAUUCUCAAACAAAAUUCGUUUAUGGAAAUGAUGAUAUGGUGCAAGGGAAAGAACUUGGGACAGUCUGUUGCCUGUACAAGCACAGCCAGAAUGUUUUAGAAGACGAAUGGGACAGCUCUUUAAGAUAUGAUGUGAUUAAGAUGUUGAUAAGAGGAACUGAUUAUUCUCAUGCCUUGUGUUUGCAUCUUUGUGAUGGUUCUUCAGAGUUCCAUGUUUACUCCAAGAAAGGUUGGGUUUCUUUCACCCCAGAUAAAAAUGCUCUAGUAGUCACCACUGGGGAUCAAAUUCAGGCAUGGAGUGGUGGCCAGUAUAAGCAUGUGAUAGGAAGGCCAAUCUUUAAAGGUGAGGAGGACUGCAUCUCAAUGGCUUUUCUCUAUUCUCCUCCAACCUUUAUUUCAAACUCCCAAAGCAACAAGGAAAAGACUAUAUCACUUGGUGAACAAGCUAUAAUGGCCAUAUUUUUAACUCUUGUCUACCAAUUUUUAGUGUACUUCUACAGAAAUUUCUGAUGUACGUUGGCAGUUAAUAAGGAUUAUUAUACACAUUUGUUCCUCAAAAAAUGGACAACAUUUUAC